AUGAGGCUUCAACGCCGGCCCCCUUCGUUGGCAGAGCACGAGAUUGAAGAUCCACAACAAGACAGUGAUGAGAAGCCGUUAAGAAACCGCAGUGCUUGGUCGCCAAUAUCAGACGAAGACAAGAAUGACGUCGGCGAAGACAAGAGCGACGCUGGUGAAGACAAGAGUGACGCUGGUUCCGGCAAAUACGUCCCUCGUUACUACGAGGACGACGAAUCAGAAUCGGGCUCCCAUGUGACGACCUUUGACGAGCUGAACGAGGAAUUCGGCCGGUGGAGCGCACCGCAAGAGCCGCUCAGACCCGAAAAUCCUUACAAAAAGGGUCAAAUCCUUAACAUUACAAAGCAUACUGCUUGCGCCCCUUUUGGCCAGGACUACCCGAAUUAUGAAGGUGUCAGGGAACGUGCACCGGAGAGAGAGCUGCGGAGCAAGACGCUAGUGGACCUUUGCCUGGACCGGCCCCCAGUCGGAGGAGAGACUGCGGCGGCGGGUGAAGAGGCGCAGACUCUCGAGAUCCUGGAUGGGUUAAGAGUCAGGGAGGACGGCGGUGCUCAGAUUGUCGUCUGCCGGGUCUCGGGCAAGCCACAGGAACUGGUGGCGAAGAUCUACGAUCCGCUGUACUACGGCUUCGCGCACAGGAUGUGGUCAGACCAGCCGCGGGAUGUCACGUACGAGGCCGACAUGGACUAUUCCCGGGAGGUCGCAGCCUACCUCGAACUUGACGGCCAACUCGGCGGCGCCGACAUUCCCAAGUACCACGGCUCCUGGACAUUCCAGCUGCCCCUGGAGCUCCCGGGCGGCAAAAAGACGCGGCAUGUGCGGCUUGUGCUGAUGGAGCACAUAGAGGGUACACCAAUGACGGAUCUGAAGCCAGAGUUGUACCCAGAGUCGACGCGCAUGGACCUGGUGACACGCAUGGUUGAGACCGUGGCACGGGUCGACUUCGCCGGCGUCAGCCAUGGCGAUGUCUCGCAGCGUAAUGUCAUGGUCUGCCUGACCCAGGCCGACACGGUGGACAGAGUCGCCCUGAUCGACUUCAACUACGCCGUUGUUGAUCGCCUGGACGAUUUCGAAGAACAGUUCCCCGAUCUAGAACGGCGGCCGAAGCCAGCCAAGAUGCCCAAUCCAAUCGAUCGCUGGUGGGGUGGUGGUCUGUAUAGCGUUGUCGGGGAGUGGCUUCCGGCGAGCUGGGAAUUUAGGUGGAGAGCGUUGCAGGACUGGCUCUAUGAGAAGUACGGAAAGUCGGAGGAAUACGCGCCACCGAGAGCAACAUUGGACUGGGAUGAAGAAAAUGUGCCACAAGUAUGGAUCGCCACUUGA